UAUUUAACGUUAUCUCUCGUGUGUGGAAUCAUUCUUCAAUCUUCACUUAGCCUUAUCAUUAAUAGCACGCAGUCUUUCAUUCUUUCUUUCUUCUCAUCUCCUCUUUGUUUUCUAAUCAUUCAACGAUGAAGGCAACACCGCUUCGUCCUUGUUCCGCUCCUCUGAUUCUCGACGCGCAUAGCAACCGAACCUCGUCGACCCGACACGCUUCCACCGUUUGUUGUUCGUCGAGGAACCAACCCUACAUCCCGAAGCUCGAACCUUUUAGCCGAACCAAGUUUGAAAGGGCCGUUAAAGACCCUCCUUUGAUCGAAAAAUCCGAGAAAGAGCUUUCAGAUUAUUGUUCAACGCUUGAAGGAGACGAAUCCUAUAGUUGCUGGCAGGCUUAUUUUGAGCUGAAAGAUCUUGAAAAAGAGUCCCCAAAAGCAGACAUAGAGAGGUUGAUUCUGGAGACUGGUGGAGUAAAAUCCCUAAUAGGGUGUUUGCAUGGGAUUGCAAUCAUGCACAAACUAAAGAAGGAUGGGAUGAAUUUGAGCAAGGAUGUGAAAUCAGAAGAAGGUGAGAGACACUGUCCUAUUCCAGAUGGAUUGCCAAAAUCUUAUGAUGAAUUGAUGGAAGAGGAGAAAGCCAGAAUGCCUGAUUCACCAUAUACUAAGCUUCUUAGAACCAUGGGCAGCCACCCUGCAUGGUAUUCUCCUGCCCCUGACCAUGAAACAGAUUGAUGAUGUUACCAUGCAUGAAUUAUUUCUUUGGAGGGAACAAGUAAUAACAUAGUGGUGGACUAGCUAUACUCCCAUGUGAAUGGAAUGAGUAAUUUUGGGUGUUUUUUUCUACAAAUGUAAUUAUACUUUUGCAUAACUUUCUGUGUUAUAUAUGUUUCAGGGAGUGGUAGGUUAAAUAGGGGAUUGUAUACUUUUAUGAGAAUGGAAUGAAUGCAUUUUUUCUUUUACCUUUAAAGGUCGA